UUGUAAAAAAUAAAGGGAGGCACAGAGAGAUGAAGAAACUUGAUCAAGAUCACGCAGCAAGGAAGUGAUGGCGGAUGCCAGGAUUUAAGCCCAGGCUCUAGAAGCAACAAUAAAAGCUAAGACUUUUGUGAUGCUUAUCAGAUGCCAGGUUCCGUUAACAUUUUACUUGCACUAACUUGUUUAAUUCUCACCACGACCCAGUAACUAACGUUAAAAAAGUUCUGCCCAUCUUGAGAAUGAGGAAACUUAAGUACAGAGUUAAGAAAAAGUAGCAAGGUGAGCUGAGACCUGAACCCAGGCAACCAAGACCAUUAAGCUCUUCUGCCUUCAUUCACCCGUUAGAACCUACUACGUGCUUACUAUGUGAGAGUGACUGCUUUGCACACCUUCCAGGCAUUGUGUCAUUUAAUCUUUGCUCUACCUUGGAAAUUAAGAUUGUUAUUUAAAAGGUAAAGAAAGUGAGACCCCGAUAGUUUAAGUAACUCGCCCAGAGCAUGUGGUGUGACUGAGAUUCAAACCCAGUAAAUUCAAUUCCAGAGUCUUGAAUUAUUCUUGCAGGGUGCUCUGAAAUAAUGUGUAUAUAGAAUCCAACACACAGAAGACAAUCAGUUGGUGUUGGGCUUCUCUGCUUACCGCCCCUUUUCUGAGCCACAACUCCCUCAUCUCUGAAAUGGGACCAGUGACGUGUUCUCUCCCAGGGGAGUCGCUGUGAUUAAGGGCCCCUGCACAGCAUGAUCAGCCCGCUUCCUUUCUGCCCUGUAUUUUGAUCCUGGCCCCCAACCGUAGGUACCAUCACUGAUUGGCUAACUACUGUCAUGUGAUUCGCCCACCCACUGUGCCAACAUGGCGGCGCCCAAGUCCUAAUUUGGGAAACGCACACUAAGACUAGUUUGGUUUUCUGUGUUAUGAAAGAAGGUGAGGAGGAGCUGGGCGGCACGAGCAGGGAUCCGGACUGGAGGCCGGCCCGCACGAGAGCUUCCGGCUCCUCAGGGGUCAAUCCCUCUGAAAACGGGGUGGUGUCAGUUUCCUGGGGCCGCAGAGUCUCCUUAGUCCCUAUUUUAUAGAUGUGAAGGACACUCCUGGCCCGGGAAUACGGCUCUCUGAACUUCUCUCUAUGCCCGCUCCACCCCCCGAACCAGGCUUGGCGGGCAGAGGUGCCCGCGGAUGUCCCGUGCGAAAACUGUUCCGUGGCUAAGCCUCCUUCUCCGCUCCGCCCGCAGUCUCUGUAGAGCUAGGUUUGUGGAGGGGCAGUCCCAAGGGCCGCUGACUCCAUCAGCGAUGGAAAACGGCCCUGGACCCUGCGCAGAAGAGCGCCCACACGAGGUCCAGGAGACGACAGUCACCGAGGGGGCCGCCAAGAUCGCCUUCCCGAGCGCCAACGAGGUCUUUUAUAACCCGGUGCAGGAGUUCAACCGGGACCUGACAUGUGCUGUGAUCACCGAGUUUGCUCGCAUGCAGCUUGGGGCCAAAGGAAUCCAGAUCAAGGUGCCAGGUGAGAAAAACGUGCAAAAGGUGGUUGUGGCCUUGUCGGAGCAAGAGGAGGAAAAGAUUGAACUGAAAGAGAGUGAAAACCCGGCCCCAGCAGACCAACCUCGAAUAGCUGUCGUGGGGGAAAUCUGUGAGGAAGGCCUGCGGGUGCUGGAGGGCCUGGCUGCUUCGGGCCUACGUUCCAUUCGAUUUGCCCGAGAGGUGCCUGGACUCCGAUCUGUGGUUGCCAAUGAUGCCUCUGCCCGAGCCAUGGAGCUCAUGCGCCACAACGUGCAGCUCAAUGAUGUGGCCCACCUGGUACAGCCCAGCCAGGCAGAUGCCGGGAUGCUGAUGUACCAGCACCAGCGAGUGUCAGAGAGAUUUGACGUCAUUGACCUGGACCCCUAUGGCAGCCCUACUCCAUUCCUGGAUGCAGCUGUGCAGGCUGUGAGUGAAGGAGGGCUGCUAUGUGUGACCUGCACGGACAUGGCGGUGCUGGCAGGGAACAGCGGGGAGACAUGCUACAGCAAGUACGGGGCCAUGGCCCUCAAGAGUCGGGCCUGCCAUGAGAUGGCCCUGAGAAUCGUCCUGCACAGCUUGGACCUCCGUGCCAACUGCUACCAGCGCUUCGUGGUGCCUCUGCUUAGCAUCAGUGCCGACUUCUAUGUGCGUGUUUUUGUUCGUGUCUUCACUGGCCAGGCCAAGGUCAAGGCCUCAGCCAGCAAGCAGGCACUGGUGUUCCAGUGUGUGGGCUGCGGGACCUUCCACCUCCAGCGCCUGGGCAAAGCUUCGGGAGCCCCUGGCAGCCGGGUCAAGUUCUCUGCAGCCUGUGGUCCCCCCGUGACCCCCGAGUGUGAGCACUGUGGGCAGCGCCACCAGCUUGGUGGCCCCAUGUGGGCAGAACCCAUCCACAACUUGGACUUCGUGGGCCGUGUCCUGGAGGCUGUGAGCGCCAACCCCAGCCGCUUCCACACCUCGGAGAGGAUCCGAGGGGUCCUGACUGUCAUCACUGAGGAGCUGCCGGACGUGCCUCUCUACUAUACUCUGGACCAGCUCAGCGCCACAAUCCACUGCAACACACCCAGCCUCCUGCAGCUGCGGUCAGCCCUCCUCCAUGCUGGCUUCCGGGUCUCUCUCUCCCAUGCCUGUAAGAACGCAGUGAAGACAGACGCCCCUGCCUCGGCUCUCUGGGACAUCAUGCGCUGCUGGGAGAAGGAGUGUCCCGUGAAACGGGAGCGCCUGUCGGAGACCAGCCCAGCAUUCCGCAUUCUCAGUAUGGAGCCCAGGCUACAGGCCAACUUCACCAUCCGGGAAGAUGCCAACCCCCGCUCCCGCCAGCGAGGACUCAAGCGAUUCCAGGCCAACCCGGAGGCCAACUGGGGUCCCCGGCCCCGCGCCCGGCCAGGGGGCAAGGUGGCCAGUGAAGCCAUAGAGGAGAGACGUCGGCUACUGCAGAGUAAGCGAAAGGAGCCGGCUGAGGACCCAGCCCAGCGGGCUGCCCGGCUCAAAACAUUUCCUUGCAAGAGGUUUAAGGAGGGCACCUGUCAACGGGGGGACCAGUGCUGCUACUCCCACAGCCCCCCAACACCCGGGGCUGCUGCUGAUGGGGCCCCUGCUGACUGCCCAGAGACCUCCAACCAGAACCCCUCUGGGCCUGGGGCUGCUGCUGGGCCCGGCAUAGACUGAGUCAAUAAAGAGAUGUCACCUUC